AUGGGCGUAGGUAGUAGGAGGCGUGUGGUGCAGCCUCUGUUGCGUGGUGCUAAUAUGAGAUGGAAACCGAGUCGGGCUGGGGAGCGUAGGGACCGCCUGCCGGCAGAGCACAGCCAAACGAAGAGAAAAGCAAAGAAAAUAGAGCGUGCCAAUGGCAACAAUAAUAAUAACGCGUGGGAUGUUGUUGUGUCCCUAAUAAUAAGAAAAAAAAGUGAUCCGUCUCUCCUCGACCCAACCACCAUCACCGGCCACCACUCUCCCAUCACCGUCCCCAUUCGUGUCCUUCUCCCUCAGCUCGACGUCCUUGCGGCCUUCCACAGCCCAAUGGCCCCCAACAUGCGGCCCCUCGCCACCUCGGGAAGUCUUCUCUCGCAGCAGCUCUCACAAGCAGGACGCCGGUCCUAUGCCACAUCGCGGCCAGCUUUGCUCACCAGCAGGGCUCGCUGGGCUGCGCGGCCCACAUUCCACCAAAUAACUCUACGGCAAUCAAUUAGGCGGCAGUCAACUGAGGCUGGCCCACCGCCUCCGGCUCCCAAGAGGCGGUUCAGAGUAUUGCGCUGGACAUGGCGCCUCACAUACAUGUCGGCCCUCGCAGGGUUGGGAUACAUGGGCUAUGGCAUCUGGGAGAUGCGGAACCCAGAAGACCAGCCUGAGCCGGACCCGAACAAGAAGACGUUGGUCAUUCUCGGAACCGGCUGGGGAUCCGUAUCGCUGCUAAAGAAGCUCGACACCGAGAACUACAACGUCAUCGUCGUGUCGCCGCGCAACUACUUCCUCUUCACCCCGCUGCUCCCGUCAUGCACAACCGGCACCAUCGAGCACCGCUCCAUCAUGGAGCCGAUCCGCAACUUCCUGAGGCACAAGAAGGCUGCAGUCAAGUUCUACGAGGCCGAGGCGACCAAGAUCGACUACGAGAAGAAGGUGGUUUACAUCAAUGAUCAAUCCGAAAUCAAGGGAGACAUCUCCGCGACCGAGGUGCCCUUUGACAUGUUGGUUGUGGGCGUGGGUGCUGAGAACGCGACGUUCGGUGAGUUACGUGCCCUCCCCAUUUCAAUCAAGCUAACAAUUUCAGGCAUCCCCGGAGUGCGCGAGCACGGCCUUUUCUUGAAGGAGGUGGGCGAUGCGCAGCGCAUCCGUAACCGCAUCAUGGACUGCUGCGAAACGGCCACCUUCAAGGACCAGGAUCCCGAGGAAGUCAAGCGCCUGCUACACAUGGUGGUAGUCGGAGGUGGCCCCACGGGCGUCGAGUUCGCUGGCGAGCUGCAGGACUUCUUCAACUCGGACCUGAAGAAGUGGAUUCCCGAGAUCAAGGAUCACUUCCAUGUCACCCUGGUCGAGGCACUGCCCAACGUGCUGCCCAUGUUCUCCAAGCAGCUGAUCGACUACACCGAGAGGACGUUCAAGGAGGAGACGAUCACAAUCCGUACCAAGACCAUGGUCAAGAAUGUGACGGAGAAGUACAUUGAAGCCGAAUCGACGGGCCCGGAUGGCAAGAAGCAGACUGAGCGUCUCCCUUACGGCCUUCUCGUGUGGGCGACCGGCAACGCCGUCCGGCCCGUCGUCAAGGACCUUAUGGAGCAGAUCCCGGCGCAGAAGGACUCGCGCCGCGGCCUCGCCGUCAACGAGUACCUCGUGGUCAAGGGCACCGAGAACGUCUGGGCUGUGGGCGACUGCGCCGUCGCCAACUACGCCCCCACGGCCCAGGUCGCGGCUCAAGAAGGCGCGUUCCUUGCCCGCAUGUUCAACAACAUGGCCAAGACGGAGGCCAUCGAGGCGCAGCUAGCCCAGCUCUCGGAAGCUCAGGAGAAGGCGCCUAACCAGGAAGCGCGCGAGAAGGUUUUCCAGGAGAUCAAGGAGCUGCACAAGAGGCUGCGUCGGGUCAAGCAGAUUGGGCCCUUCCAGUACUCGCACCAGGGCUCGCUCGCAUACAUUGGGUCGGACAAGGCGGUGGCCGACAUCACGUGGUACGCGGGCAACCUGGCGACUGGCGGCACCAUUACCUACUUCUUCUGGCGGAGCGCGUACCUGAGCAUGUGCUUCAGCACGAGGAACCGCGUGCUGGUCGCCGUGGACUGGCUCAAGGCGAAAGUCUUUGGCCGCGAUGUGUCGAGAGUGUAA